CAUCUGGGCAUGGCCCAAACCGUUUCGAUGUCCACUCUGGCACUCUGCAAAACGACGCUGCGACUGCGGGAAGCAGUAGUAUAAUUUGUGAAGAACAUUUCCCCGCACCCUCGUAAGCUCUAAACAUAAGAGCUACUAGUAGCAACGUUGUCGUUGGGCUUGGAAGCAUCGUCCCGUGCGCGCACGCCGAUGGAUGACCACUACUACGUCUACCUCGGACUGGCGCUGGUGUCGCUGCUCGUUGUCGUGCUCGCGAAGCGCCGGCGCGGCCCGGUGGACGGCCACGGCCUGCGGCUUCCGCCGGGGCCGUGGCAGCUGCCAAUCAUCGGCAGCAUGCACCAUCUCGCGGGCCAGCUCCCUCACCGCGCGAUGCGCGACCUGGCGCGGCGCCACGGGGCCGUGAUGCUGCUCCGCGUCGGCGAGGUGCCGACGCUGGUGGUCUCCUCCCGCGAGGCGGCGCGCGAGGUGAUGAAGACGCACGACACCGCGUUCGCGUCGCGGCCGCUGAGCGCCACGGUGCGCGUGCUGACGAACAACGGCCGGGACAUCAUCUUCGCGCCCUACGGGGAGCACUGGCGCCAGCUGCGGAAGGUGGCCAUCACGGAGCUCCUGAGCGCGCGCCGGGUGCUCUCCUUCCGCGCCAUCCGCGAGGAGGAGGUCGCGGCCACGCUGCGCGCGUGCGCCGCCGCCGCGGCGGAGUCGCCGCCGCGCCCCGUGGAGAUGCGCGCGCGGCUGUCCGCGCUCGUGGCCGACGCCACGGUGCGCGCCGUGAUGGGCGACCGGUGCAGGGACCGCGACGUGUUCCUGCGGGAGCUCGACCGCUCCAUCGGGCUGUCGGCGGGGUUCAACCCGGCCGACCUGUGGCCGUCCUCCCGCCUCGUCGGCCUGCUGAGCGGCGCCGUGCGGCGCGCCGAGGAGUGCCGGGACACGGUGUUCGGGAUCCUCGACGGCAUCAUCAAGGAGCACCUGCAGAGGAUGGACAGCGCCGGCGCCGGCGCCGGCGCCGGCGAGGCUGCAGGCGAGGACCUUCUCGACGUGCUGCUCAAGAUACACAAGGAUGGCAGCCUCCAAAUCCCGCUCGACAUGGACGUGCUUAAAGCCGUCAUCUUUGACAUCUUCGGCGCCGGCAGCGAGACGUCGGCGACCACGCUGGAGUGGGCCAUGGCGGAGCUGAUCCGGAACCCCAAGGCGAUGCAGCGGGCGACGGCCGAGGUGCGCGAGGCCUUCGGCGCGCGCGGCGCGGUGGCCGAGCACGAGCUGGGCGAGCUGCGGUACCUGCACCUCGUGAUCCGGGAGACGUUCCGGCUGCACCCGCCGCUGCCGCUGCUGCUCCCGCGGCAGUCCCAGGAGCCGCGCCGCGUGCUGGGCUACGACGUGCCCGCGGGCACCACCGUGCUAGUGAACGUCUGGGCGCUGGGCCGCGACGGCAGGUACUGGCCGGGUGACCCCGAGGAGUUCCGGCCCGAGCGGUUCGAGGCCGAGGCCAGCGAGGUGGAGUUCAAGGGCGCCGACUUCGAGCUCCUGCCGUUCGGCGCCGGCCGGAGGAUGUGCCCGGGCAUGGCGUUCGGGCUCGCCAACGUCGAGCUCGCGCUCGCCAGCCUGCUGUUCCACUUCGACUGGGAGGCGCCCGGCGUGUCUGACCCCGCCGAGUUCGACAUGGCCGAGGCGUUUGGCAUCACCGCGAGACGGAAGGCCGACCUCCUCCUCCGCCCCAUCCUCCGCGUGCGCCUCCCCGUUCCCGGUGUCUAAUCGCCGCGCCGAUAAUGGUUUGCAAGCUCGUUACUUGUGUCAGUGUGCAUUCACGUGAUCGACAAGCUGCUCUGGCCGAGGAUUUGGCCACCGGCGAGCGGCGGGCGCGGACAUGGUGUGUCGUUUCCCCCCUAUGGCCUACUAUAAGCUAGUAGUUUAAGAACGAUAGGUCCAAAGCCCAUCUACAUUAUGGGCCUACCUGUGGGCUUUCAAAGAAGGAUGACACAACCUAUAAUUUUAUGUCUUUUACGUAGCGAUGACAAUCUUACCGUGAAUAUGUAUACCUGCGGGUUACGUAUGUAAUGGGUGUGAUUACAAGCACGAUAUCGUAAAUAUGUGGGUACGGUGAAGCUAUCAAAUUUUCCGCAAUUGAAAAA